CUUCUCCUGGGUCCCCAGACAGCUGGAGGAGAUAAACAGAGGAGGAGGAGGGAGGGGAGUGCGUGUGUGAGAGCGCGCGAGGGAGUGUGAGUGUGUGUGAGCGCGGGUGUGAGGCGGUGCGCAGGGGCGGGCGGAGGCGCUGUCCGGCCCCGGCCAGGCGCCAGGCGGGGAGCAUGGGAAGGGGCUAGAGCUGCCCGGGCCCUCCAGCCCCCUCCCCGGGAUCCGCGCCCCCCCUCCGGGGAGAGGGGCCGGGCCCCCCGGACGGACAUGGGCUCCUGAAGUUGCGCCGCCACCGGUCCUGGGAAGAGGCCUGACAGGUAAUUAAAUGUGUGUCUUGUGGACCUGGGCUUGGCUGGAAUGCUCAAGGGUCCUGAAGAUCCUUCUAUAGCUUCCUUCUGUUGAAUCCAUUAAGAGAAGAUGGCAAAAGUCAACAUAACUAGAGACCUCAUCUGUAGGCAGAUAAAGGAGCGGGGUGCCCUGAGCUUUGAGCGGCGCUACCAUGUCACUGACCCCUUUAUCAGACGGCUGGGCCUGGAAGCAGAGCUGCAGGGUCACUCAGGAUGUGUCAACUGUCUGGAGUGGAAUGAGAAAGGAGACUUGCUGGCCUCUGGUUCUGAUGACCAGCACACGAUUGUGUGGGACCCGCUGCACCACAAGAAGCUGCUUUCCAUGCACACAGGACACACUGCAAAUAUCUUUUCUGUCAAGCAGUUCCUGCCUCACGCUGGGGACCGCAUCUUGAUCACAGGGGCAGCUGACUCCAAGGUGCAUGUCCACGACCUGACAGUAAAGGAGACGAUCCACAUGUUUGGAGACCACACAAACCGGGUGAAACGCAUCGCCACGGCGCCCAUGUGGCCCAACACAUUCUGGAGCGCUGCUGAGGAUGGGCUUAUCCGCCAGUAUGACCUUCGGGAGAACAGCAAACACUCGGAGGUGCUGAUUGACCUGACAGAGUACUGUGGCCAGCUGGUAGAGGCCAAGUGCCUCACCGUCAACCCCCAGGACAACAACUGCCUGGCAGUGGGGGCCAGUGGGCCCUUUGUGAGGCUCUAUGACAUUCGCAUGAUCCAUAACCACAGAAAGAGCAUGAAGCAGAGCCCUUCAGCAGGUGUGCACACCUUCUGUGACCGGCAGAAGCCCCUUCCGGAUGGUGCAGCCCAGUAUUACGUAGCAGGUCACCUGCCAGUGAAGCUGCCCGACUACAACAACCGUCUGAGAGUGCUGGUCGCCACCUAUGUGACCUUCAGCCCCAAUGGCACAGAGCUGCUGGUCAACAUGGGAGGAGAGCAGGUCUAUUUGUUUGACCUGACUUACAAGCAGCGGCCGUACACCUUCCUCUUGCCUAGAAAAUGCCACUCCUCAGGGGAAGUUCAGAAUGGCAAGAUGUCCACCAAUGGUGUGUCCAACGGUGUGUCCAAUGGCCUGCACCUUCACAGCAACGGCUUCCGGCUGCCAGAGAGUAGAGGACAUGUCAGCCCCCAGGUAGAGCUGCCCCCAUACCUGGAGCGUGUGAAACAGCAAGCCAAUGAGGCUUUUGCCUGCCAGCAGUGGACCCAGGCCAUCCAGCUUUACAGCAAGGCCGUGCAGAGGGCCCCUCACAACGCCAUGCUCUACGGGAACCGAGCUGCUGCCUACAUGAAGCGCAAGUGGGAUGGUGACCACUACGAUGCCCUGAGGGACUGCCUCAAGGCCAUCUCCCUAAACCCAUGCCACCUGAAGGCGCACUUCCGCCUGGCCCGAUGCCUCUUUGAGCUCAAGUACGUGGCUGAGGCCCUGGAGUGCCUGGAUGAUUUCAAAGGGAAGUUCCCGGAGCAGGCCCAUAGCAGCGCUUGUGAUGCACUGGGACGCGACAUCACGGCCGCCCUCUUCUCCAAAAAUGAUGGUGACGAGAAGAAGGGAGCUGGUGGUGGUGGCAGCGGCCCCGUCCGCCUCCGCAGCACGAGCCGCAAGGACUCCAUCUCAGAGGACGAGAUGGUGCUGCGGGAGCGAAGCUACGACUAUCAGUUCCGCUACUGUGGCCACUGCAAUACCACCACAGACAUCAAGGAAGCCAAUUUCUUUGGCAGCAACGCUCAAUACAUCGUCAGUGGCUCUGAUGACGGCUCCUUCUUCAUCUGGGAAAAGGAGACCACCAACCUGGUCCGCGUGCUCCAGGGGGACGAGUCCAUCGUCAACUGCCUGCAGCCGCACCCCAGCUACUGCUUCUUGGCCACCAGCGGCAUCGACCCCGUUGUGCGGCUGUGGAACCCCCGGCCAGAGAGUGAAGACCUCACAGGCCGAGUUGUGGAGGACAUGGAGGGUGCUUCCCAGGCCAACCAGCGGCGCAUGAAUGCGGACCCGUUGGAGGUGAUGCUGCUCAACAUGGGCUAUCGGAUCACAGGCCUGAGCAGUGCGGGUGCUGGGGCCUCUGACGAUGAGGACAGCUCCGAGGGCCAGGUGCAGUGCCGGCCCAGCUAGGCCCUCCUAGCCCUGGUCCCCAGCCCCUGCUACCGGCUGGGUCCUCCGCCCCUGGGCAGGAGGUCAGGGGGUUCUGUUUUGGUUUGUCUUCCCCUUCCCCCCAUUUUUUCCUUUUCCCUGUUUUGUUUGUUAGUUUGGCAUUGGGGGUGGGGAUUGCUACAACUUGCUGGCUUUUGGACUUUUGGGCAAUUGCCCCUCGACUGGCCCCAGCCCUGAGCAGAAGAGCAGGAGGAGAAGCCCCUCCACAUGCCCACCACCACCUUGCACUUCCGUGUCCCUGGAGGGCUCCGGCCUGCCUCGGGUGGGGAGGCAAGGGCUGAAGCUGUCUUCAAGGACUGCCCUACCCUUCAGUUGGCAGCAGAAAGGGGAGUGGAAUUCCCAGUCCAUAAGGGCUAGCCUUGACCUGUUACCAUUCUCGCUUCUGGUAGGCAAGGCUAGCUCCCUCCUGGUCUUCAGGGAAGGUUCUGAAAAAGCAUAGGGUGCCCCCUUCCUUGCAGAGCCACUCUGUCAGGGUGGAAACAGAAGUAAGGAUGGGAGCCCUGGAGGGGCAAGGUCAAGCCACCGCUUCCUUGCAGUACAGCGUCCCUGCCCUCCUCCCAGGCACUGGCUCUGGGUCCUGCGCCUGCCCUCGCUGGCCACCCCGGGGGCUUAGCCUUUCCCAAGGGCCCUGGCAGUGUGGGGCGCCCCACCAUUCCCCACCCAUCCGUGCCAGCCCUUCUGCACCCUGGAGGCCACUCUUCCUUCGGGCGCUCUUCAGCCUCACUGUGACCUUCCUGCCAGAGCUCCCAGCCAGGCCUCCUCUUGCUGAGAUGGCACUCCCUGCUAGGAGCCUUCCAGGCCCUCCGUGCCCUCCCUCCCAUCCCACAUGCUGAGCCGCCACAAAGACCAAAGAAGUGAUGGCUUUUCUCUGUCCCCUGCUGCUCUGGGGGGAGGGGGUGGGUCUCCUGAGCCACUCGGGUGGGGAAGCCCCUAACUCAGCCCCUCCCUCCUCAGCAGCCUGAGCUUUACACUGGAUGCAGCGGUCACCCCACCACUCACCAGACCUCCCUCUCUGCCCCCUUGGCUCUCAGCUCAGGAGCUGCUCCCGCAGUUGGUUCAUCCUUCCUCCCCUCUCCCUCUUCACUCCCCUCAGGGCUCACUUGGCUCCAGCCCUCCAGCUGCAGCCUCUGGGGAGAAGCAGCCUCCCUCGCUCCCUCCCUCCCUCCCUCCCUCCGCCC